AUUCAAUUCUCGUUAUAUACUUCAAGAGUAUACAAGAUAUACUUCGAAUUUUAUUCAUUUUAAGUCGAUAUAUCUAAACGAAAAAUGAGAACGAUUUUGGUUAUUUCUGCUAUUUGUGUUUGCGUUGGUGCAUUGACGAUUAAAGAAUUUCAAGUAGUGCUCCGUCAUGGACAAUCAACGUGCAGCGCAGAAACUGGUGUUAAUCAACAAAUAGUAGAUGAUGUUAAUGAUGGCAACAUCAAUAUGGAAGACGAAAAUGUUCAAUUAUACAUUGAAUGUGCGAUGAAAAAAUUCAAUAUCGUUGACAAAGACGGAAAUUUCAACGAAAAUGGAACCAAAGAAAUAAUAAAAAUAUUUUUAGAUGAAAAUGAAAUUAAUCAAUUAGUCACCGAAUGUUCACCUAUUUCUGAUACCAAUGUACGUGUGAAAAUUAGUAAGAUAUAUCAAUGUUUUAUGAAAUAUAAAACAUUAACAGAAGUACUAAAUGCCUAAAUGUUCAAUUAU